AUGGUCAGACGACUGCAACAAGCACAACCAGUACCACUAGCACUUCAACUUCAACUACUAGCACUUCAACUACAAGUACUACUUCCACAACAAGUACUAGCACUUCAACUACAAGUUCCACUACCUCAUCAACUAGUACUAGCACCUCCGCAACAAGUACUAGUACCUCAACGACAAGUACUACCGCUACAACUACCAGUACUUCGACCACAAGCAGCACUUCAAGCACAAGCAGUACUUCAAGCACAAGCAUAA